AUGUCAUUGCACAUGUUACUGGUUCACAGAAACAGCAGCAGACCUUACUGGGAGUACUUUCGCAUCAUUUGUGGUGGACUACUUAGAGCGCCUUGCUUGCCGAAGAAAAUGCCAAUAAUUAUAUAUUCAGAUGGUUGCCUGUACCAAAAUCAAAAUGUUGUAAUAGCAAAUGCGCUUCUAAACUUGAGUAUAAAGCACAAAACCACCAUUAUCCAAAAGUUCCUUGAACAUGGCCAUACUCAAAUGGAGUGUGAUUUGGUUCACAGUGUGAUUGAAUUGAAACUCUCAAAUUGCGUAAUUCAUUUGCCGUAUGAUUAUGUGACGGUUACUAAAGAAGCAAGUGCAUCAAAUCCCUACAAAGUAAUUCAGAUUGACCAUAGUUUUGUGAAAAAUACGCCGAUACAUCCACUUGGCUUUACAAAAUUAUAA